AGAGGAGGGGGUAGCACGGUCGGACAGGAAUGGACCGCACAGGCCAGGCUAGCCUACUGUAAGGCCGAAAUAUCAGCUCGGUGUUCGGAUAGAUGAAAAUAUCACCGAGGAAAAGAGAGAUUAGGAGCAGAGCGAGCCGUCUCUGCGCACAGGCCAGACCCCCUCCUCUCUGCCGCUGCCUGGAGCCUUUUCACUCACUCGUGACGAAACGGUGGUUCAAUAUAUUUUCAAUUCAAUGUAGUGACUUUAUUUAAAAGCAGGAUUUGGUUUCCUUGAUCCAGUCGACGGAUUCAACGCCUCGGUCAGCCGGUUACCUUCGCCCUGGUUCGCCCUUCAGCAGCGUCGCCGCGUCCUGUCAGCUGCUGCGCAUCAGCAAAACAUGCAGGAUGAGCCUGUGGGGGUGACAACCACGCAAUUACCCCCGUCAACCGACGAAAAGGACAGCAACAGCAGCACGGUCAGCAAAUCCGGAAACCAGCCCAGCCAACGCGACAGGCAGAGCUGCCAGCUGAGCUCAUUCAGUCCGGAUUAUAAGCAGAACCAGGAGGCUGCCUUCACCGAAUUCAACCCACAGCCUUUCUGUGACCUUCAGCACAGCCGACAAAUACAUCAGCAGUCCAGUCAGCACACUGAGUUUAGCCCCUGUGAGUCGCCCCCACCCCAGGGACUCUCCAGUCACCUGGCCGACCCCCGCGGCUCUCCAUCGGAGGAGGCUGAAGCUGAUGCUGCGUCGCCAUCGCCCUCUUCCGUAAACCCACACAGGCUCCAGACCAGCGGUGGAAAGCUCCAGAUGGACUCCCCCAUCGCCCACCAUAUCAACGGCAAUGGCAGCAGCACCGGCAACAUGUUGUCCGGAGGUCUCGGCGCCGCCUUCCCCAACCUCCCCACCCAGGAGCUACAGAGCAGCAGUGUAGGCGGCUCUUCCUCUCCGUCCCUCCCUGGAUUUGGCACCCCCUGGUCCGUCCAGACCAGCUCCUCACCCCCUCCCACACCCAUAAAUCCCAUUCACGCCAACACCAUCAACCAGCUGCCCAACACAGACUCUGAGAACAGCUUUUACCCAGGUAUUCCCUCCUCCAUCAACCCGGCCUUCUUCCAGAGUUUCUCCCCGGUGUCUGCUAAUCCGUGUGCUGGGAUUAACGUGCAGGGCUUCAGUGCUCCUUUUUCGCCUCAGAUCAACGUCCCUCAGCAGCCACAGAGCCGUAGGUCCCCGGUCAGUCCACAGAUGCACCCUCAGCAGGGAGCCUUCCUGCAGCAGAGGAACAACUACAACCAACAUCAGCCAAUGGUGAAGCCGUCUCCGUGGGGCGGUCAGCAGGGGAACGGCUGGGGCACCGGGGGGAUGUCCUGGGGCCGGGACCACCGCAGAGGGAGUGGCAUGGGAGUACCUGGCUCGGUGAGUCACGUCUCCCCUCUGAAGAAGCCCUUCUCCAGCAACGUCAUUGCUCCUCCCAAGUUCCCACGAUCGGCUGGAUCACUGGGGCCUAAGUCCUGGAUCGAGGAGAACAUGUUUCGCACGGACAGCAACAGCAACACCUUGUUGCCCCUGCAGGAGCGCUCCAGAAUGUACGACAGUCUGAACAUGCACUCCCUGGAGAGCUCCCUCAUUGACAUCAUGCGAGCCGAGCAGGACCCGAUGAAAGGCCGUGUGGGAUGCCCUAACCCCGGGGCUGAUGGUCUGCUCAUGCUCAAUGCCAGGAGCUAUGGGAGACGUCGAGGUCGCUCCUCCCUCUUCCCCAUUGAUGACAAUCUCCUCGACGACGGCCACGGGAACCAGGGUGUCCCCGGAGUCCUCGGCUCCCCGAACUGUUACCCGCACCAAAACGGAGAGCGCAUCGAGCGCUUCUCUCGUAAGGUGUUUGUGGGAGGUUUGCCUCCUGAUAUCGAUGAAGAUGAGAUAACCUCAAGCUUCCGCCGCUUUGGUCACCUGGUGGUGGACUGGCCUCACAAAGCAGAGAGCAAAUCUUACUUCCCUCCUAAAGGCUACGCCUUCCUGCUGUUCCAGGAGGAGACGUCUGUCCAGGCUCUUAUCGAAGCCUGCAUGGAGGAGGACGGGAAGCUCUACCUGUGCGUCUCCAGUCCAACCAUCAAAGACAAACCAGUUCAAAUUCGACCCUGGAACCUGAGCGACAGCGACUUUGUGAUGGACGGAUCUCAGCCCCUCGAUCCCCGCAAGACCAUCUUUGUGGGAGGCGUCCCUCGUCCUCUGAGAGCGAUUGAGCUAGCAAUGAUCAUGGAUCGUCUGUACGGAGGAGUUUGCUACGCAGGAAUCGACACUGACCCAGAGCUGAAGUAUCCCAAGGGGGCGGGACGAGUGGCCUUCUCCAAUCAGCAGAGUUACAUUGCUGCCAUCAGCGCCAGAUUCGUUCAGCUGCAGCACGGAGACAUUGACAAGCGGGUGGAGGUGAAGCCGUACGUCCUGGACGAUCAGCUGUGUGAUGAGUGUCAGGGCGCACGCUGCGGAGGAAAGUUUGCCCCUUUUUUCUGCGCUAACGUCACCUGUCUGCAGUACUACUGCGAAUUCUGCUGGGCCAACAUCCACUCGCGCGCUGGGCGAGAGUUUCACAAGCCACUGGUCAAAGAGGGAGCCGACCGCCCGCGCCAGAUCCACUUCCGCUGGAACUGAAGAAAGCCGGCGGUGACACAGUCUGAGGGAAGGGAAAGGAAACACUGGCUAACAGGAAGAGCAUCGCUCUGCCUCUCCUGCUCUCCUAAGCUAUCAGUAUAAUCCAGUACGUAACACUAUACAGUAUAUGCUAUAUAUAAAUAUAUCAAUAUAUCUUUUGUAGCAGCCAAACACCACAAGCCUCAGUUUUUCACCAAAACCCCCCUCACAUCUCAGGCUCUGACAACUUACAACUCUUUUGUGGUACUUUCAUCUUUUCUAAGAGGAGAUUUAAAAAAAAGAGAUUGAUUUUUGUAGGUUUUUUUAUUAUUAUUAUUUUUGUAUGUGAGAUUUAAAGUAGAUAUGGGAAUGUUUUUGCAUGGGGGCAGCUUGUCUGUCUGUUUGUCUGCUGCUAGCCACCCUACAGUGCGUGUAGUGCACACUUGUUUCUGGGAAAACCUUGAUUCUCUAACGUCGACGCCUGCCCCAGGUCAUUAACCAAAGGUAGCAAAAAAAUAUGUAUAGGACGCAUAAAAUUGACUCACUUUCUGCCGCAAAACGAACAGUUGUUUUUUAACGUUGCCAUGGGCUCUUUCUUCUUUUUAGAGGGUUUAUUAUUAAAAAGACGAUAGGGUUAUUUCUGUGCUCGUACUGACCCAUUGAGUGAUACCUCAAAAUACUGAAUCUGGUUUCUGCAACAUUUAUACUUAAGCUAUUUUAGAAGCUUUGCUGCUAUAUAUACAUAUAUAUGAAUAAAUGUGUAGGUAUUCUAUUUAAUGCCAUUUAUAAACCAGAAUCAUGUGAAAUGAAAUGCAGUAUGCACUCAACCACUAAUGGCCCCCAUUGCCAUGGAAAGUGCAUGUGAUUACAAUAGGAUUAGCUACACAAAUAGCAUGCAGGUUAGAUGUGUGAGAGAAAAAACAAACCACUGAAUUCAUAAAUCAAAGACAUUAAAUUUAGUGAGUAGCAUGACCAUCUAUUAAAAAUUGCCUAAGAGGAAAAAAAUUGACAAAUAAGUAAAAAAAAAGUAUAUUUAAACUUGCAUGCGUUGAUGUUUAUCUGUCGUUUGAUCCGUUUACAUACUUAAAAAAGUGAUAUUGGUUCUACUGUAGACUUAGCAGACGCCAUCUUUUUGUGACACGAUGGUGCAUAUGGCAAAAAAAAAAUCCCGUCGAGAAGCAGAGUGGUGUUCAGUGGUUUGUGUUUGUGUCGUCCCCGUGCUGUGUGACUGUUUCUUAGUGUAGACUGAGGCUCUAGUUUAGUUGCCAACUGAUUCUGUAGAGGAGAAUUCAAACAUCUGAAUGAGUCUGCCUCCACCCUUCCUGUCCUGUGUCUCCGUUUAGCUCCAAAGAUUAAUCUGAUGUAGCAUCGACCCCCGGCAGAACUAAUGCAAAGAAAAGACAGAUCGAGGGGGAUUCUGGUAUUCAAACAUGGGCUAUAAUUUUACAUAUUUUUGGGUUUAAAAUUACUCAUCACUCAAAAUGUAACUGGACUUCUGCAGCAGUAAAGGCUCCUCAGUAUGCCAGACAAAGUGCAUCCACUAAAAGUUCAUGUUUUUGCCACUUGCAUGCCUGGAUUGUUACUCUUAAGUGUCUGAAAGCAUAACAGAAAGGAUCCCUUCAGAGACAGACUUUAAUCACAGCGUUAGGUACCUUUUUUUUUUUUUAGCUCUCUUCAAAUCAACCAUUUACAAAAAUAGCAACUUUACAAUGCAGUUGUUCUUUAUAGUUUGUUUGCAGGGGAUGCCACAUCACAGCAGAGAAUUGCAGACAGGGGGUAGGAAGGGAUUUCUGCAUAGAUGCAAAAAUUUUGCACAUUUGGUCAAAUUUUGGGUGAAAAAGAGAAACGAUAAACCAUGAUCCAGCAUGUUUUUCCACACACUGAUUGGGGAAAUUCAUCUUUUUUUAAGAUCUGGAUCAUUUUGCUCAUCUCAGUGAUAAGAGCUGGUCUGUCACUCCUAAACAUCUCUUUAUUUGGUUCCAGUUUGGCUUUUUAAAUGUGCAUAAAAUAACAACAAAAAUUGAAAUGUGAGCCAGGUUCACUCACCCCACAAGAUAUACUUAAUACUAUAACAGUGUAUUUUUGCAUGACAGACAAAGGGAGAAGAGCAGUUAAAGGGGCGUAAAUAGCCUCUUAACUCAAUACAAGACUCUACAAGAUGCUUGUCUGCCUUGAUCUGACUGGACAUGUGGUAGGAAGUCUGCAGUCAGAGGGUUAAAUAAGGAACUUUUGGUCUAGCAGAAAAGUUUAUCCACAUGGAUCCUCUUUAUAAAGAUGGGGAACACUUUUAGCACCAAUCUGAGUCCGUGGCAAAAACAAGAGCUUCUAGUGGCUGUAUUUUCAUCUGUCAUUAAAGCCUGCUGUGCUCCUGUAGGCUGAAGAAGCCUCCUCCAACUUUGAACCAAUGAGUCCUUUGGACCUGAAAUUGCAUCACCCAGAGCCCAUGAUUCACUAGACUGCUCACGUUUUAAGGACUUAAGAGUCAGAGACUCUGAAAGAGCUCCACAUCCAUUACGGUGAAGCUAAAACUCUUCUCUUUUCUGUAUCUUGAGCUAUUCUCUUCUAAAACUUUUUAGGGACAAUCUUUUUUGUGAGGACAGCACCGCUGCCGUCCGUCUGGUACUGUAAAAGCGUGUCGCUCUCGUGUCGUCGUGGUUUUUGUGCCCCACGCCCCGCUGUGUGCUCCUCUGUGUCGAUGUUCAGGCGUCAAAGUGUACUGUUACAACCUUAAUGAUAUUUACUUAGCGUCUGUGUCAAUACUUACCCAUCACUGGCCCUACAGUAUGUUUUUUUUAUAAUAUAUAUUAUGCACUACUUUUCUAUAUGACCCCCCUCCUCACCUGUUUUACUUCUUAUCCACCCCCCCGAGUGAUUUCAGUGAAGAAGCCUCCACCUAUUUAUAAUCCUAAAGAUGAUUUAUUAAAUUUUAUUUUUUCAUGAUUGCUUAUUUAAGAUGUAGCGUGAAGCAGUGGUCUUAAGUUAUCUAUAUAUUCUGUAUGAGUAGAGCAGGAAUCCAAUAUGUUCUAAUAUAUUCUGAUGUAGUCUGGAUGUUGUGAGGACCGGAGCCAGAGAUACAGCGAGCUCCCGUCGCCCCCCUCUCCCCCUCCCCGUGGCUUUAUGUUCUCAUGAUGCGAACAUGUUUGAAUAUCGUCACCUGUAACACUUGACUCGUGCUGUUUUAUUGUGAGGUUCUAUUUUCUAUGUUGAACACUGUUACUUUGUUCUGUACUUGUCUUUGUUUUUGUAAAAAUCAUAUUUAUUUCACUAUUUUUGUAGACAAAAAAUAUUUGAUUUUGAUUGUAUUUUUCUAUUUAAAUAGGAAUAUUAUACAAUUUAUUUCCCCUUUGUCCCCGCUCUUGUGCUAAUUAUGUCCAAAAGUUCUGUUCACAGACAAAAAGGCUCAGUCCCAUUUCUGAUUUUUUUCCCCCUAACCUUCAGUUCUGAGGAGCAGAGUUACAUGGGGUAGUGGUGAAAUCGUCCCAUUUGAAAUGGGCUGACCUUUUAAGACCCUGGUACAUCCUAGGUAGUCAUUUACAGCAUUUAUAUUAACAGAAAUGACAGUGUUGUAUUUGGUUUUCAUUAAAGUGCUUGAUUUAUAAAACAAGCAUUUUGAAAAAAAUAAAAAAAAUACAGUCAGUCUUUAGUGGUGAGCCGAGCCUAGAGGCAAAGCUUGGGAAUUACCAGACUAUGUACCUCCCUUCCGUCACCCAUGGUUCUGAGCUUUGGGGAGUGACUGAAAGAGUGACUGCGGAUUCAAGUGGCCAAAAUUGCCUCUGGAGGGUGGCCAGGCUCAGCCUAGUUCAGACCAAAGAUGAGGCAGGUUAAAACUCGCAGCUGCUUGUGACGGAUCGCUCUUCAGCGUUCUGAAAGCUAGCCAGUUUACACUGCAACUAGAGAGGACGAUGCAUCAUUUUCAUAGCAAUGACUCUAACAGUCAUUCUUUAGUUACAGCACAAUAAAUCUACAAUAUGGAGAGAACUGCACUUCAAAGUCCCUGUAAAGUGGUAGUAAAUCUGUAUUUUUGGUUUGUUGUAUGACAAUCCAAUGCAUCGUGAACCACCAGGCCAAAUUUCAGUCAUGAAAAACAUCUCUAAGUUUAUCAGAUUAAGCUUCAAAAUCAUGAAAAAUAAGGCAGUAAUAUCGGCGUGUUGGUUGAAUGAGCCAAAGCCAUGCCCACUCACAAGAAAUACGAUCCUCUCAGAUUAAAAAAAAAAAUACUACAAUUUUACUGGAGGAAUCAUUUGUCUGCCCUGCUGGGUCUGUCAUCUCUCAGUGUCAGCCACCAGAAAAACAAUCACAUUAAUAUCAUGACAAGACAGUUUGGAGCUAGUUAAGUCUCUCUCCUGUUUAUUAGCCUUCUUUCACAUUAAGUUGCUGCAGAAAACAUUCCAUUUCCUGAUGCUGCUCUUCAAAAUAAAAGUCUUCAAUGAUGAUCAUUAUUGGAAGCUUUUAUUGUGAAAGACUUAGCAGGAAAGAAUGUUGUCUCUCAUUGGGUACUUUGCUUAACUUUAGCAUUGAUGUAACAGGCAUGAGGGAGGGAACUGUUGCUGCUUUGAGAGAGACAAGGCCACAGCCUGCAUCCUUUAAUCAUCUAGAACUGAAAUUUUGAUUAAAACACACCUUCAGCAGGUAAGAUGUUUAUUUCUGUUGCAUCUGGUUUAAGUAAAAACUAGACAAGCACUCCAUCAAUUAGCCUGCCCCCUGACUUUAAGGUGAAGUGCGAUCAGAGCCUGGCCCUGUGCCAGAGCAGAGAGACAGAUGUCUAAGAUUAAAUUUACUGUUUUCUGGUACAAAUCUCUCUGUUAUGCUUCUUUUGAUGACCCCUAGGCCACCGUGGCUGAUAGAUUUGUUAAAAUAUAUUUCAAAGUGAACAAAAACACAAAAUGUAGCUGGCUGUUACCUUUCAAUGAAGGCAACGGCCUUAUUCCAACAUAUCUAGUGUGUAAAGACACAAAGUUUGGUUUUCACUUUACAGGGAUUUUUUGGGUGUUUUUGUCAUUAUGAUAAAGUAGUAUUUCUUUCAUAUAUGAGUGACUCAUAAUGGCACAUAUAAACACAAAACUGCUUUGCUAGCUCGGUUUGUUCUGCUGAGAAUGAUUCAGGUUCCACAAACAAAUGUAGCUCCUGCAGCCUUUAAUUUCGUAUUAUUAGCUCAUAUAGCUCCGCUUACCUGUGCAGGUGAUAGAGAACACAGAGGUGUUUACUGGCUGAAGUUUCAAUCUGAAAUUGUCGCUGUAUAACAGUUGUCACGUCACAAAUCUUUGGUCUGAACUGGGCUUUAUAUGUUGAGGGAGUGAGGAGUAGAGCUGCUGCCCCACUGCAGCAAAAGGAGCCAGUUUAGGUGGGUGCUUCUCUUUGGAGGUCUUCCAGGCAAGUCCAACUGGGAGGAGACCUCGGGGUAGACCCAGAAUGGGCUGGAAGAAUCAUAUGCCCCAUCUGGCCUGGGAAAAUUUGGAAAGGGAGAGGGAUAGACUUGCUUAUCCUGCUGUGCAACUUGGCCCUGAAUAAGUGAAAAAACACAGAUGCUUGUUUGAUAUGAAAAGACCACAGUGCAUUGAAACAACAUUGAAUAAAGGUAAGAAGGCGGUUGUCGUCAUUUUCAAACAAACUGCUUGCAUUUGUUCGCUCCCUUUAACAUUUGAGCAGCCAUCCUAGCGGGAAGUGUAUGUCUUUGAAAUCUCCAUUUUAGGGCCCUAGCACUUCACCCUACCCCUCCAUUCCAACAAUAAUCGGGACAGCCCUACCCCUGCAUGUAAACAGUAGAGAUAGGGCUGAGUGGUAGAGGCGAGGGGUGUACAGGGACUGAGCCAAAGAAUCAUGUCACAAACAUCCAAGUUUUUGAUAUAUUCUUCUUUUGAUACACACUGAUGACACAUUUCAUUUGAAGGAAGGAAACAUGAAGGUUUUAUUCUAUUCUUGGAAGACACUUGAGAUUCUCCCUUGUCGCAUCGAGGCCUCGGCUGCCUGUCCUCGUAGAUGCUCUGAAACUUGAAUAUAACACAUUUUGAAAGGCUGACUAACCUCGAAUCUGUGUUGUGAUGUGCAAUACUGUUUCUAAUGUUUGUAUAAAAAGUAAGAACUACAGUGUAAACCUUUAUAAUGCAGAUUUAUUUUUUUCAUUGCAUAUUUUGCAGAUUUCUGAUCCACAGUGUCAUUUUUUACUGUCAGAAAAAUAAAACCCCGUUUUUUCAUUGCAACUAUUUUUAAAUCCAGAUAUCUUUGUACUGAUGUAAAUGAUUGUAGUUAUUUUGGAUAGUGUUUUGCUAACAAACGGAGAGACUUUUUCAUGCAUAUUUCUAUUUCAUUUCAUCUUGUUUUAUCCCACCGUUUUGUUUCAUUUAAUAGUAGCAGAAUUCUUGGAAUGAUUUUUCAUAUUUAAAUGUCAUUGGUAUUAUUUUGUAUUUUUAUGUGGAAAUACACUAUAUAUAAAUUAAAAAUGCUAAUUGCUAAGAUAUUUUGAGUUUAAUUAUUUUUAAAGCUAAAUAUUUGUAAUUUUAUUGUUAAAGUGACUAAUUUCUAAAUCAGAGUUUGUGUAUAGAUUCACUAAAGUGGUUUAUGAGGUGUUUGGAUUGUAAUUAUUACUGAAUGGUUCUUUGAUAUGCAAAUGAAUAUCAUCUUUAUUUUUAUUUUUGUUGGUUUUGUAUUUAAAUGGGGUGUUGAUUACAAUCUUUUUUUCUUUCACUUCCUAAAUAAAGACCCAUUCUGU